AUGGGAAGUUCGUGUUCGCGUGACAAUACAUCGUCCAUUAUACCUCGCUGGAAGCUUCAAGUAAGACACGACCAGACUGUAGAUGUAGCGGUGUCGCCAUCAAUGCAGGAGCAAAGACAGAGGCUUGGUCUAUGUUUGAACCCAAGCCCCGUCGUGCGAGACUACGCCGCCGUAUCGACACAAAAUAGUCAAUUUAGGAAGCAUAUGGAAGACGAGUGCGUCGCUAUACCCAAGUAUAGAGCUUUUCCGGAUGAUCCUGCCGUCAGUUCCUUCUUUGGUGUAUAUGACGGUCACGGAGGAGACUUUUGUGCCAAGUACGCGGCCAAGUAUUUUCACCAGAAACUUGCGGAGCUCAUGCAAGUCAAGCAUAGUAAAAAGAAAAAACGGUUGUCUGCGGACGAGAGCAACAGCAUUCGAAGUAACACGAUGUCCACCAGUAGUUUAGAUAACUGUUCUGACGUAGAAGUCGACGUACUGAGCAAUGUUGAUAUCGAAAGAUGUUACGCGGAGGCUUUCUCAUCACUUGACAAGGAACUAGAAUACUUUGACGAAUCGUCCGAAAGUGGUUCUACCGCUGUGACAUGCCUCAUUCGCAAGUACAAUGGCCGUACGACUUUUCAUAUUGCUAACGUUGGCGACUCCCGUGCAAUUUUCUGCUGCAAUGGUCAGACGUCGCGGUUGUCUGUGGACCACAAGGCUACGAACGAGGACGAAGUGAGGCGAAUUCGUGCGCUCGAUGGCAUCAUCGUCAACAAGCGUGUGGCAGGAUCCAUAUCUGUCACACGGGCGCUCGGCCAGGCGGAUGAGAAGAAGUUUAUUACCAGUGCACCGCACAUUGAGUCUAUAGAGAUCACAUCAGAUGAUGCCUUUCUCGUGCUAGUAAGUGACGGUGUCACUGACGUUUUCAAUGACGAGGAACUGACGGAUUUUGUCGCCAAACGUCUUGCUGACGGUGAGAAAUCCAUUACAAUCGGUAAGAUGUUAUUAGACGAGGCGAAGGCGCAAGGAUCCAUGGACAACAUGACAGCCGUGAUUAUUUGUUUCGGAGAGUAA